AUGCCGCUGGGUUCCAAUCCUAUCCAGACGUUCCGAUACGUGUUGAGUGACGUCGAGAAGCGAGGUGUGGCAUAUGUCUGCCUCACACAGCCACGGACCGAUCUCCUACUGGAGGAGAGUGCCAAACUGGGGAAUCUGAACAAAGCUGUCAGAGAUGGCAAAGUCGUUGCUGUGGUUGAAGACUUUCAUCUGAGGCAUUUCGAGGAAGUGUUGAAGACGACGCCGAAACUGGCAACAGGAAACUAUAAUGGGGAGAACUGCUUCGAAGAGGUUGAGAAGGGAGAGAUAGAUUUUGUGACGUUUGGGAGAUGGUUUAUCAGUAAUCCUGAUUUGGUGGAAAGAAUUCGAGAGGGAAAGAAUUUGACGAAGUGGAACAGAGAGACAUUCUAUACGGCUGGAAAGGAGGGAUAUACGGAUUAUCCUGUUGGAGAAGGCAUCUCAUAUUAA